AUGCCAGUACAACAGAUAACUGUGGUUCCGGCCAAGGAGAACGGCAGCAAUGGCAAAAGCUCCUCUCGCUCCAAAGACAAGUCCGAGGGGAGGAAGGGCCCUGGGCGCUCAGGGAGUCGAUCCAGUAACAUCUCCAAGGCCAGUAACUCUACAACAGGAUUAGCUACAGCCUCAAGAGCAUCAAUCACCCCAUCAUCUCAGGACAUAUGCAGUUCUGGCCAGCCGACCCACUUAGAGAAUGUUUCUGAACUGCAAGAACAGAACGAGCAAACACAAAGCCCAGUGAUGACGGUUGCCAGUACAAAUCUGGGCUCAUCAUCUCAGGCGCAGAAGAAGCAGGUGAAGCGCCGUCACCGCCGCAAAAGGAGCGGCUGUGGAACCGACUGCGUGGAAACCAUCAGCAAACAGGAGCAGACUGACCGCAGUGACCUUAGCUCUGAACGCAGUGAAUGUGGGGAGAAGAGGGAGCGGUCCUCCAAGAACCGGAGAGAGCUCCCAUCUCGCCACCGCUCUUCAAGGCCUCUCCAUUCUGACUCUAGCUCUGAAGAGGAUUCAUGGCGAGAGGCCCGCAGCUGGAGCAAGGAGAAAGCCCGUAGAGUGCGCCGCCGCAGUGGGAGCAGUCGAGAAAGGGAAGGGGCAGACAGGAGUAGAAGAAGGGAAGACAAAUCAGAAGUUAUGGAGCUGCAGUCGGUCGGCUCUGAUGAGGGGAAGGAGAACCAGCCUCUGGUGGAGGACAGUAGAGGCCUUAAGAAGCGUCAUAGCGGCAGGGCCACACUUAAGACUGAUGUUUCAUCCAGAGAGCGUUCACGGAGCAGAGAAAAGGAGAAGAGCUUCAAGACGCACAGCCAAGGAGGCAGCUCCUCAUUGGCUGAGGACGGGGAGGAGCUCAUCACCAAGAAAUACCAAGAAAAGGGGUCAGGGGGUGGAGACAUGUCCGUACCCACACCACAGAAACACUGCGGUGUGAACGGGAGCACAGCACGAUACUGCUCUGACGACUCUGAGAUGGAGGUCUGCAGGAUCUGCCACUGUGAGGGGGAUGACGAGUGCCCUCUGAUAAUGCCUUGUCGCUGCACAGGAAGCUUGAGUUUUGUCCAUCAGGCCUGCCUCAACCAGUGGAUCAAAUCCUCAGACACUCGGUGCUGUGAACUCUGCAAGUUUGACUUCAUCAUGGAGACGAAGCUCAAACCUUUACGCAAGUGGGAGAGGCUACACAUGUCCAAGAGUGAGAGGAGGAAGAUCUUCUGCUCAGUGAUGUUUCAUCUGAUAGCAAUAGCGUGUAUGUUGUGGUCCAUCUACAUCCUUGUCAAGAGAACGGCAGAGGAGAUCAGGCUCGGGAAGAAUGACUUACUCACAGUCGGCGUUUGUGUUUGUACAUCCUCAGGUGUGCUGGAGUGGCCCUUCUGGACCAAGCUCAUCGUAGUGGCCAUCGGCUUCACAGGCGGCCUCAUCUUCAUGUACAUCCAGUGUAAAGUGUACCUGCAGCUGUGGCGCCGCCUCAAGGCCUUCAACCGCAUUAUCACUGUGCAGAACUGCCCCGAGAAAGGCCCACACAGUUCUCAGGCUCAGCCCCGCCCACUGAGCAAUGGCAGGCACGAAACCGUGGAGGUUCCCAUCAGUGCAGCUCCUGCCCCAGCUCCAGAGCCUCAGAUAGACUCAGACAUGUCUGUGGAGGCUGCAGUGGCACCAGCACAAAACCCCGUCUGACUGACUGUCCUUCUGUCAGCUAGAGUCCUAAAUCAUGCCAUGCUCAUCCUAUAUAUAUAUAUAUUUAUCACCAGCUGGUGUGAGCAUGGCGUGAUAUAGACUAGUUGUAUUUAUCUCAGCUCCUGUGAUUACUGAUUCUGAGACACUUUGGGAGCAUCUGAAGUCUUUCAGUGAUCAAAGAAAAAGUUCAAGGCUGCUGUGAAGCAAAUUUUCUAAGAAUGAAGAGUGUGGCUGACCUGAAGUGGAAAAAAUGGAUGCUAUUGAAAGAAUGAGGAAAAUAAAGCCAUCAGGAAGAGCCAUCACGAAGAGAAUAUUUAUAAAUACUGUAUUUAUGUGGUAAAUUAAGUUUUAUUCUUAUAUGCACUUUCUCAAACUGCACUGUGGGUGUAAACAGCCUGUGGACGCUAACAAAGGUCUCAGUAUGCUUCAAAAACUAACACUGCAGCCUACAAUCACUGAAAGGGAUGGCAGGGUUUUUUGUACAUACUGAAAAAAACUAUCAGAAAUCUCUCCUCAAAGAUGGUGAUUUAGUGAUGUGGAUGGUUGAGCAAAACUUGAUGAAGCUCUGCACAGCAGGCCAGUAUACUGCAGGGCAGGACCUCUGUAAAGCUCAGCUUUGUAAUUCAAGCAACAUAAAGUUUCUUCAGGCAUGACAUGUUCACAGUAAUUUGUCUGGCAGGUAUUUUUUGUGGAAGAAAAAGCUUUGAAAUAAGUUCAAGGUGGAUGAUUGAUAUUUUCAGGAAAGGUGCAAAAAAUUACACAAGCCAAAACAGGAUGAAGACACGUGGUUGUCUUUAAAAUUAAUAAACACUUAAGUAUCUACUGAACAGUAUUUAUUGAAUAUCACUGUAAACAUAAGAUGUAAAACAGUGGAGAGAUUUUUAGAAAUACACCUACUGUGAAAGUGGCCAACUGUUAGCUAAAGGGGACAGAUGUAAAAUCAAAGCUGUUUGACGAUCAAACAAGCACUUUUACUUGAAGCAUACUGAGGCCUUAAACCUCCCUCUGGACAAUCAGAUUUUCAGACACCAAAGAAUCAGAGAUGUUAAAUAGAGAAUCAUUUAUUCAAACAGUAUCUUUAGCUCAGUCUGAAAUGGACAGUUUUAUGUUUUGAAAAGCUGAAUUUAUUUAUUGUCACGAAUUUAUUUAUUGUCACAAAAAUGUUGAAUAUUUCUUACAAUAAUAAUAAUUCUCACGUAGCCCAGAUGUUCCUGAGGUUUUGUUUUGACAGUUUUCAGCAUGAUGUGGUCUUGUCUGCUAGGUCCUGUUACUCAUAAACUGAUGUAAUUAAAGCGUUCAUGGUUGCCAUCUGCUAAUUAGACUUGAUACUCUGUGUUAAUGACUGAACAGUCUGCCUACGCAGAGACGACUGUUGUUUACUGCUUUUCUACAGAGUUAAACUUUUUGGACCAAAUUCACAUCACAUUAUAUACAUUUUCUCUAGGUCUUGUAUUCACCAAACACAAGAGCACUCUAAUAUCUUUGUCAAAACCUUUUUUCUAUC